AACAAAACUUGGAUAUAUCAACUCAAUAACUGCAAUAUGCUAUAGGGAUAUGAAAGAUACAGUACCAACUUGCGAUAUCGAGGUGGAAUUUGCUGGAGGCCUAGAUACCCUUACCAUCAAGCAAAGGAAACAAUUCGUUAUAAAAGUUAAUUGCCCUGAACUUAGGAUAACACAGUUAAUAGCCUACCUGCGUAAAAGUGUAUUUGCGGGAAAGAGGGAUAUGUUCUCUGAGCCGCCAGAGCUGGUAAGCCCUGAUGAACACCUGGUUGACGUCGAAGGGGAUAUCCCAGGAAAAUUGAAUAUGAAUGAACACUGUAAAAUUAGACCCGGCAUAUUGGUAUUGGUAGACGACGUUGAUUGGGAGCUUCUAGGAAAGGGAGAUUGCAAAAUACAGGGAUCAAAGAACGUAUCCUUCAUAUCGUCAUUGCACGGUGGGUAGGCAA